GGCCCUCCCCGCCGGGUGGCCAUGUUGCAGCGCUAGCAGGCAGCGCAGAGGCGGCGGGCGGCAGCGCAGCGCAGACACCGCACCGCGAUGGCCGUGGCCGUGGGCAGACCGGCGAACGAUGACCUCAGGAACCUGUCCCUGUCCGGCCACGUGGGCUUCGACAGCCUCCCGGACCAGCUGGUCAACAAGUCAACGUCACAGGGCUUCUGCUUCAACAUCCUGUGCGUGGGUGAAACCGGCAUUGGCAAGUCGACGCUGAUGGACACGCUGUUCAACACCAAGUUCGAGAGCGAGCCCGCCACGCACAACGAGCCCGGCGUCAGGUUGAAAGCGCGGAGCUACGAGCUCCAGGAGAGCAACGUGCGGCUGAAGCUGACCAUCGUGGACACGGUGGGGUUUGGAGAUCAGAUCAACAAGGAUGACAGCUACAAGCCCAUCGUGGAAUACAUCGACGCACAGUUCGAAGCCUACCUGCAGGAAGAGCUGAAGAUCAAGCGCUCCCUGUUCAACUACCACGACACGCGGAUCCACGCCUGCCUCUACUUCAUCGCUCCCACCGGACACUCGCUCAAGUCCCUGGACUUGGUCACCAUGAAGAAGCUCGACAGUAAGGUGAACAUCAUCCCCAUCAUUGCCAAGGCUGACACCAUUGCCAAGAAUGAGCUGCACAAGUUCAAGAGCAAAAUCAUGAGCGAGCUGGUCAGCAACGGCGUCCAGAUCUACCAGUUCCCGACCGAUGAGGAGACGGUGGCCGAGAUCAACGCCACCAUGAGUGUCCACCUCCCUUUUGCCGUGGUUGGCAGCACUGAGGAAGUGAAGAUUGGCAACAAGAUGGCAAAAGCCAGGCAGUACCCCUGGGGUGUCGUGCAGGUUGAAAAUGAAAACCACUGCGACUUCGUGAAGCUGCGGGAGAUGCUGAUCCGAGUGAACAUGGAGGACUUGCGGGAGCAGACGCACACCCGGCACUACGAGCUGUACAGGCGCUGCAAGCUGGAAGAGAUGGGCUUCAAGGACACGGAUCCCGACAGCAAACCUUUCAGUCUCCAGGAGACGUACGAAGCGAAGAGGAAUGAAUUCCUGGGCGAGCUCCAGAAGAAGGAGGACGAAAUGAGGCAGAUGUUUGUCAUGCGAGUGAAGGAGAAGGAAGCGGAGUUGAAGGAAGCAGAGAAGGAUCUUCACGAAAAGUUUGACCAUCUAAAGAGGACUCACCAAGAAGAGAAGAAAAAGGUGGAAGACAAAAAGAAGGAACUUGAGGAAGAGCUGAACAACUUUCAAAAGAAGAAGGCAGCAGCACAGCUAUUACAGUCACAGGCUCAGCAGGCAGGUUCUCAACAAACCAAGAAAGACAAGGACAAGAAAAAAAAGCUGUGGUCAAGUGCAUUAGUGUAUUUUUGGUUGAGCUUUUCUCCAGCAGAAAACCAGCUGUGUUGGAGGAACUGGGAAUAAACCACAAACUUGAAGAUGUCAAAGCUUCUUCUUUAUGUAAACGUCACCUUGCCAAAGCCCCCGCACCCUCUCUCCCAGUGGACCGUAGGGCACUGGAAGAGCUGCGGAUCCGGGGCAGCCCUGCCAGGAGAAGAACCAUCUCAUUCCUCCAUCACGUCUGCCCUCCUCUCCUCCCCCUUUGUUCCCACCCGUGCGUCUGAGGGUGUGCUGUGCUGUGUGUCUGUGCGGGAUCUGCCCGCCCCGACAGCGUCCCGGCUGCAGCGCUGCCCAGGGAACGGCCGCCGGAGGGAGCUCGGCCGCGCUGGGACUCCUUGCUCUGGGUUAGUUGGAUUUUUUUGCCUCCCUCCCCGAUUUCUUUUGCCGUAACACGCGCACGCCGCUGGCGACACGCGGAAUGACAGACUUGGGGGCGAGUGUGCAAAGCUGGAGGAUUUAAUUUCUGCCUCGAGCCUGGCUGCUUUGGACACCACAACUUCAUCUCGAGGGCGUCCCGUGCUCCUCUGGAGUGGCUGGAAAUCUCUCCGUAGACCUGGUGGUGUUCUCAGUGUGUCACUGUGUGACGGUGGAUGUCCCAUCCUGUGGCACUGAUGGAGCCUGUGCUGGACUGUCAAGGCUUUAUUUUCUGGCUGUGCCUUGCUAUGGGCAGAGCAAGAUUCUGGUUUUGUACAGCUGGCUCGCCCUUAGAUGCAGGGCUUCCUUUUGUUUUCAUGAAGCCUAACUAGUGAUUAUUUUUUUAACAGUCCUCAGUGUGGGCAAGUUGUUAAAAUUUCUACCUUGUUGACUUUGGAAGUGAACUCAGUUGAAAAGUUUGGGAAGUGCCAAAGGAUUGCUUGAAGGUAAAACCACAACCUGUAGAUGUGUGUAGUGACCUCCAGCUGCUUUGGGAUGGAGGGAAGGAGGCAGCCCGAGCCUCUUGGCAUGUUGUUUUGUGUGGAGUGCUGCACUUGGAUUUUGAACCGAAUACUAGUGAUUUAUUCUUUGCAUCUGUGAACAUUAAUCAAGGCCUUCCCUUCCUUUACCCUGCUGAGGUAAAGCUACCCUGAGCUGAUCUAGGUUUGGCCUCUGGCACUCGGUGUGUGACAUGCCAGCUGCUGAGGGGCUCUGCUGAAAUCUGCUGGGGUUUUUUUUUCCACAAAUACAGUGUUUUGCAGCAUCUUCAGUGACAAGGGUCAGCUCCCUCCAGCCAGGUGAAAGAAAAACUGCAUAUCCUGGAAGCCUUUGCAACCAAAGAAGUGACUUUAUGAUACACUCAGGAAGGUUAUUGAGCGUUGGCCUCACGUGUGCUGUGCCCUGGUAUGUAGCUGGACUUGCUGGCUGUUGCCCAGCCUGAAGGGCUGUGAAUAUUUGCACAAGUGUAGCUUGGGACAGGACUUGCAGUGAUACCAAAACCAGAGUCUGCCCCACUCUUGAAGCUGCAGGGGCCUCAGGUGGUACCCAGUGCUUCCCACCAGACAGCCAGGUCAGAAACAUGUUCAGCUCAGCCUUGUGAGCACAAAGCAGGGUCGAGGCCAUUGCUGGAUUAAACCUUGGCUGUGUCUGUCCCUGUCUUGCUCUGCAGAACUCUGUGGGUGUUUGUCUUACCUGGGAACCACAACUUGCAGGAUGGGAUCCCUGCGUGCCCCGGGCCACCAUCCCUACCAAAAAGCCAUGGCUUGAGCUGCACAUAUUCAUAAAAAAAAUAGUGAGUUACCAUGCAGCCUGAAAUAGGGGUUCACCGUGCAGCCAAGGGCUGCUGGGGCUCAGAGCAUGCUGGUGCUUGACCCCCCUUGUGCCUCAUGCAGGCCAGUGUCCCCCUGGCCCAGGGUGCUCUGCACACCGAGCUGGUCACUGUUGACUGAGAACACUCCUUGCCUUUGCAAUGCCCAGUUUAGGCUGUCUUUUCUUCCAGUGGUGGCACCUGUGCCAGUGGCUGCUGCUGGGGACCCAAGGGCCUUGGCUGUGGGCUCUGCAGCCAUGGUAGCCUGCAGCUUGCCCAGGUAGCCUGCUGACUACUUGCCCAGCAGCCACCUCAGCUGCUG